AGUGGCCCGCGGGGCAGGGCUGAGGGCUCUGGGUCUCCGGGCGCGGGCGAGUUGGUAAACAGAUCCGGAGCGCGUGCCGGGCGCCAGCGCUGAGGCGAGCGCGCGGAGGUUGCGCGAAGGUGACCGCGGAUCCUAGCUUCCUGCAGCCGGCCCUGAAGGAUGGCUGCCAUGUUGGGGGACGCCAUCAUGUUGGUCAAAGGCUUUGCCAAGCUGACCCAGGCGGCCGUGGAGACCUACCUGCAGCACCUGGGCCUCGGCGGGGAGCUCCUCGUGGCGGUCAGGGCCAUGCAGUCCACCGCCGCAGAGCAGGUCGGCAUGGUCUUUGGGCAGGUGCAGGGUCAGGAGAAGCCUGAAGACUAUUACUCCGAGAGCCUCGAUGACCCUGAAGGAGCAUUCCACUUCUCAGGGAUGAGGGCCGAGAGCACCUCUGAGGAUGUCUCUGCAGCCUCCUCCCCGGAGCAGUCACCUCCGCCCUGGGCUCAUGCCGCAGGCAGCGAGGGCCCUGCUCCUGCCUAUGCUGCCAGCGGACCCUUUCGGGAAGGCGGGGUCCCGGGCCAGGCCGCCUCCCCUCUGGGCAGGGUAAUUGGGAGGCUCUUCGCAAGUCCCAGAGACCCAUUCUCUGCCUCGGGCCUUCAGCGGAGGGUCUACCACCAGGACCAGUCAUCCAUGGGCGGCCUCACGGCUGAGGACAUUGAGAAGGCCCGGCAGGCCAAGGCUCGCCCCGAGAGCAAGCCUCACAAGCAGACACUCAGUGAGCAUGCUCGCGAGCGGAAGGUACCAGUUACACGGAUUGGGCGGCUGGCUAACUUUGGAGGUCUGGCCGUAGGUCUGGGCUUUGGGGCCCUGGCCGAGGUUGCCAAGAAGAGCCUCCGCCCUGAGGACCCCUCAGGGAGGAAGGCCGUGUUGGACUCCAGCCCCUUCCUGUCGGAGGCCAACGCGGAGCGCAUCGUGCGCACGCUGUGCAAGGUGCGCGGGGCAGCGCUCAAGCUGGGCCAGAUGCUGAGCAUCCAGGAUGAUGCCUUCAUCAACCCCCAUCUGGCCAAGAUCUUCGAUCGGGUCAGGCAGAGUGCAGACUUCAUGCCGCUGAAGCAAAUGAUGAAAACUCUCAACAACGACCUGGGCCCCAACUGGCGGGACAAGCUGGAGUACUUCGAGGAGCGGCCCUUCGCCGCUGCCUCCAUCGGGCAGGUGCACCUGGCCCGCUUGAAGGGGGGCCGCGAGGUGGCCAUGAAGAUCCAGUACCCUGGCGUGGCCCAGAGCAUCAACAGUGAUGUCAACAACCUCAUGACUGUGCUGAACAUGAGCAACAUGCUUCCAGAAGGCCUGUUCCCCGAACACCUGAUCGAAGUGCUGCGGCGGGAGCUGGCCCUUGAGUGCGACUACCAGCGGGAGGCCGCUUGCGCCCGCAGGUUCAGGGAGCUACUGAAGGACCACCCCUUCUUCUACGUGCCCGAGAUCGUGGACGAGCUCUGCAGCCCCCACGUGCUGACCACAGAGCUGGUGUCUGGCUUCCCCCUGGACCAGGCCGAGGGGCUGAGCCAGGAGAUUCGAAAUGAGAUCUGCUACAACAUCCUGGUACUGUGCCUGCGGGAGCUGUUCGAGUUCCACUUCAUGCAGACAGACCCCAACUGGUCCAACUUCUUCUACGACCCUGAGCUGCACAAGGUGGCUCUUCUGGACUUCGGGGCAACUCGGGAAUUUGACAGAUCCUUCACCGACCUCUACAUCCAGAUCAUCAGGGCUGCUGCUAACCAGGACAGGGAGGCUGUACUGAAGAAAUCCAUAGAGAUGAAGUUCCUCACCGGCUACGAGGUCAAGGCCAUGGAGGACGCCCACUUGGAUGCCAUCCUCAUCCUGGGGGAGGCCUUUGCCUCGGAGGAGCCCUUUGACUUUGGCACCCAGAGCACCACCGAGAAGAUCCACAACCUGAUCCCCAUCAUGCUGAGGCACCGGCUGGUCCCGCCGCCCGAGGAGACCUACUCCCUGCACAGGAAGAUGGGCGGCUCCUUCCUCAUCUGCUCGAAGCUGAAGGCCCGGUUCCCCUGCAAGGCCAUGUUUGAGGAGGCCUACAGCAACUACUGCAGGAGGCAGGCCGAGCCGCAGUAGCAGGCCCCUCCGUCCUCGGUCCUUGAGCCGCUGAAGCUAGUGGGGAGCUGGUAGUGCCGCGCUGCAUUUAAACUUCACCCGGUGGGAGAGGGCGGCCGGGCUGAUGGGGCGACGCUGCUCGGAGCCUGUUGCCCGCGCUUAUACAUGGUUUUUUGCUAAGUGGCUGUGGGGUAAGCGGAGCAAGGAUGAAAAUGCAGCCCCACUACUGUCUGUCAGAAUUUGCUUAUUGUUUAGUAAUCCUCUGAAAUGGCUCUCGAUAAAAAGACAAUUCUAUUUCCUCUUCCUUUUUGUAACAGGGGUUUUUUGCUAAUGUGAAUGUUAACCAGAAGAUAAGAGUUCUUCCUUUGAAUCCCUGCCACCAAAAACAAAAACAAAACACCAAAACCAGAAAAGCCUUUUUGGAUUUUAUUGAGUGUGUAAUAUCAGGUGUGUGUGUGUGUGUGUGUUUCUAGAAUGAGAUUUGUAUUUUCUGCCUUUUCCUCUGUGGCCUGGAUCUAGAAGUGCUGACCUGAGCAGUGCCAACAAGUACCACUUUGCCAAGCCAGGCCCACCCACACCUGCUCUCUGGCUGGUUGCUAGAGGCUUUCUUGAGAGCGGAGGUUUCCAGAGAACUGCCGCCUCCUACAAGGAGGACAGGAGCCACAGAAGGAGAGAGGGCCACACGCGCUGUCCCUGGGCUCCAAGAGAGGUGUGCGGGGGUCCUUCCUCCCGCCCCAGGCCCCUGGUCUUGAUGUGCACAUAUUACCUGCUUGGACCCAAGGGGUCAUCUCAGGCUGUGUUAAUAUUCCUACAAUUCUUGUAAUUGUCUGUACUUGUUUCAAUUAAAAAAAAAAAAAACAAAACCCUAGCAUUCUGGCAUUAAUUCUUUCACUUGCAAAGGCUUCUGAGCUGAUGGUGAUGAGCCCGAGGUCAACGUCACACCCUUUCCUGCCUCCAGAUGCUUCUGCAAGGUUUGGCCCUGUUCCCACCACGAGGCUCUCCGUACCUGAACCCAGAAGGCUUAGCCCAUAUUCAUCAUCAGAGAAAGAUGGCAGAGUUGAGUCGGAGCAGGAGACAAGUCUUGCAAAGCCGAGAGUAUUUCUUCACUGGUCCUUUACAGAUGUUUGCCAACCUCUGCACAGCUCCUGCCUCUAAAGCAUGGUUU